AUGCGCGAGUUACCUUCCCCUCGGUCUACGAAAUCGUCAGUGGACACUUUCCGAUUAAUUCUUCUCGGGCUUUAUAACACCCUCCCUAAUCUGCGCCGUAAAGCGCGCGAAUAUCUCAUCUGGGCAGCCGGAUUUGGGCAGGCAGAGGAGGCCAUCCAUACGUCCUACUUUGACCUGCCAAACGAUACCCGGUGGGCCUCCAACCAUAUGGAGCACAUGACAGAUGAGGAGGAACGAGUCGCAUCAACUCUUUUCCCCGUCGUGCAUCCUGCGGAGCGCGCAUACAGCUUGAUAUACGACAUAAGUCGAUCCAUGGAGGAUCUCUAUGCCAUAUUUGGCCGUCGUUGCUAUCACCCAGAUACCAGCUUGGCGACAAAUCUGGCGCACUUCGGGCUCCUGGUCGCGCGCUACGUGAUGGAGACAUCCACUGCUCUAUACAGCAUUCACUCGCUCUUCAUCUCGCUGCCUGACAGCGUCAUCGGCACCCCUGAAUCUGACGCACUUCAGACGAAGUUGGCCGAUGUCAAGGCUCGCUACGACACCGUCGCCGAAGCCCUCGACAGCCUGGCCCUCGGGUCUAGUCAGGCUAUGGAAGCGCUGGAUAAUCUCCGGGAGCAGAUAUGCACCACUCUCCCCUACACAUAUCCCAUCCGAGAUCUCGCUAGCUACUUCCUCGGCCCGGACUGGUGUUACAGGGAGAUUGCGCUGCAGAAGGCGCCAGUCGCGCUGGAUAAGAUGGGAGGAUUUAUCGUCGAGCAUGGAGACCUUGUGAGGCUGCUGCGAUCGAUAAUCGAGGAGGAGCGGGAACGGUUCAGCGUGCAGGUGUUGAAGGCGAUUCUGGAUCUGCCCUUCGAGAGGCGGCGGGCUCUCAGGCGAUUCAUCAUCAAUUACAUCGCUUACCUAGACGAGUGGGCGACGUUCGCGAAGCAUGAGGCAGGAUACCUACGAAUCCCCGCGAGUCAUCCCGAAAGGUGGUGA